GGCUUCAUGGCCGCCCUGCCCAGCAGCCGCAUCGUGCGCUCCCUUGGGCCCUGGGGCUGGCCGGCUCCUCCGGCGGGGGCAUCUGGAUCAUCACGCUGAAGUGCGGCAGCCACUGCAGCACGUACGGGGAGCGCUCCUGCGCGGACGGCGAGGUGCUGGCCGUGCUGGAGGCUAACGACAACCAUUCGGAGGAGCAUACGGUGGCCGAGUUCAUCGAGUUCUGCGUGAGCGGCCGCGCGGACAAGUCCAGGGAGUGGGCAAGCAAGGGUGUGGGCAAGUACCUCGAGGGCGGGAAGGAGGCCGGCGGCCAGUUGGUCGACCAGCGCUUCUGCCCGCGGAUCGUGGAGGGCGAGCUGCACUACACCGUGGUCGUGGGCACGCUCGUCGGAAUCAUUCACGAGAAGCCGAAGGAGGGCGGCAUCUCCGCCGUGGGCGGGACGGGACUCGCGGUGAGCAGCCGCGGCAGCCCCCAGCUCCGCGACCGCAUUGCGAUGCGCCUCCACCGCCUGGGCCAGAGCAUCUCGGUGUCGGACCACUGCGGCGAGGCGGAUCUCCACUUCAUACGGG